AUGGACCCUGCUCCAGAGAGUCAAUCCUUACCUUCAUGCUGCAGGUCUUCCACCCGGCCGGAGGUGGCCAGCAUCGAGCCGCUGGGCCCGGACGAGCAGCAGUGCUCCCAGAAGGCCGUGGUGCAGGCCCGCCUGUCCCAGCCCGCCCGACUGACCAGCAUCAUAUUUGCCGAGGAUGUCACCACCGGCCAGGUCCUGCGCUGUGACGCCAUCGUUGACCUCAUCCACGGCAUCCAGAUCGUCUCCACCACCCGAGAGCUCUACCUGGAGGACUCGCCGCUGGAGCUGAAGAUCCAGGCGCUGGACUCGGAAGGGAACACGUUCAGCACCCUGGCGGGGCUGGUCUUUGACUGGACAAUUGUGAAGGACACGGAGGCCAGCGGGUUCUCAGAUUCCCACAAUGCACUGCGAAUCCUCACCUUCCUGGAGUCCACAUACACACCUCCGUCCUACAUCUCGGAGAUGGAGAAGGCGGCCAAGCAGGGGGACACCAUCCUGGUGUCGGGGAUGAAGACCGGGAGCUCCAAGCUCAAGGCGCGCAUCCAGGAGGCCGUCUACAAGCACGUGCACCCCGCGGAGGUCAGGCUGCUGAUUCUGGAGAACAUCCUUCUGAACCCGGCUUACGACGUCUACCUGAUGGUGGGGACCUCCGUUCAGUACAAGGUGCAGAAGAUCCGGCAGGGGAAGAUCACAGAACUCCCGAUGCCUUCGGAUCAGUACGAGCUGCAGCUGCAGAGCGACCCCCAGGGCCCCGAGGGCGACGCGGGCUGGCCUGUGGCCGUCUUGGCCCCGGACACCUCCACCGUCACGGCCGUGCAGCUGGGGCAGACCAGCCUGGUGCUGGGCCACAGGAGUAUCCGCAUGCAGGGCGCCCCGCGGCUGCCCAACAGCACCAUCCACGUGGUUGAGCCCGGAUACCUAGGGUUUACUGUCCACCCUGGGGACAGGUGGGUGCUGGAGACCGGCCGCCUGUACGAAGUCACCGUUGAAGUGCUUGACAAGUCUGGCAACAAGAUCUACCUGUCGGAUAACAUCCGCAUUGAGACGGUGCUUCCUCCUGAAUUCUUUGAGGUGCUCUCGUCUUCUCAGAAUGGCUCUUACCAUCUUGUGAGGGCCAUAAAGAGGGGCCAGACAGCCAUUGAGGCAGCCCUCACCUCCGUGGUGGACCAGGACGGAGGGGUCCAUACGUUACGGGUGCCUGUGUGGAACCAGCAGGAGGUGGAAAUCCACGUGCCCAUCACCCUCUAUCCCGGCAUCUUGACGUUUCCCUGGCAGCCGAAGGCCGGCGCCUAUCAGUACACCAUCAAGGUGUACGUGAUCGAGCCCAGCAGCAUGGAGUUCGCCCCCUGCCAGGUGGAGGCUCGAGUGGGCCAGACCCUGGAGCUGCCCCUGAGGAUCAGCGGCCUGAUGCCCGGAGCGGCCAGCGAGGCGGCCACCCUGAGCGACUGCUCCCACUUUGACUUGGCGGUUGAGGUGGAGAACCAGGGCGUGUUCCAGCCCCUCCCAGGGUCCCAGGGCGUGAUGACCACGGGCAGCGACACCGGCUUCAGUGUCAUCCAGGCACAUGACGUGCAGAACCCGCUCCACUUUGGCGAGAUGAAGGUGUACGUGAUCGAGCCCAGCAGCAUGGAGUUCGCCCCCUGCCAGGUGGAGGCUCGAGUGGGCCAGACCCUGGAGCUGCCCCUGAGGAUCAGCGGCCUGAUGCCCGGAGCGGCCAGCGAGGCGGCCACCCUGAGCGACUGCUCCCACUUUGACUUGGCGGUUGAGGUGGAGAACCAGGGCGUGUUCCAGCCCCUCCCAGGGAGGCUGCCGCCGGGGUCUGAGCACUGCAGCGGUGUCAAGGUGAGAGCAGAGGCCCAGGGCUACGCCGCCCUCCUCGUCAGCUACAGACACGGCCACAUCCACCUGAGCGCCCGGAUCACCAUCGCCGCCUACCUGCCGCUCAGGGCCGUGGACCCCUCCUCUGUUGCCUUGGUGACCCUGGGCUCGUCAAAGGAAAUGCUGUUCGAAGGCGGCCCCAGGCCCUGGGUCCUCGAGCCUUCCAAGUUCUUCCGGAACGUCACCUCUGAGGACACGGACAGUGUCCACCUGGCCCUCUUUGGUCCCCCCACCUCCCGGAACCACCAGCAGCACUGGAUCCUCGCCACCUGCCGGGCUUUGGGCGAGCAGGUCGUGGCCCUCUCGGUGGGGAACAGGCCCAGUGUCACCAACCCCUUCCCUGUGCUGGAGCCCUUGGUGGUGAAGGUCGUGUGCGCGCCGCCCUCCCGGCUCACGCUCACGCCCGUCUACGCCAGCCCGCAGCUGGACCUGUCCUGCCCGCUGCUGCAGCAGAACAAGCAGGUGGUGCCCGUCUCCAGCCACCGCAACCCCCUGCUGGACCUGGCCGCCUAUGACCAGCAGGGCCGCAGAUUUGACAACUUCAGCUCUCUGAGCAUCCGGUGGGAGUCCACCAGGCCACUGCUGGCCAGCAUUGAGCUUGACCUACCAAUGCAGCUGGUGUCCCAGGACGACGGGAAUGGCCAGAAGAAGUUGCAUGGUUUGCAGGCCAUCUCGGUCCACGAGGCGUCGGGGGCCGCCGCCGUCUCGGCCACCGCCGGCAGCUACCAGCAGGCCCACCUGGACGCGGCGGGGGUGAAGCAGCCGCACGACCCCCUCGCGCCCGUGUCGGCCUCCAUAGAGCUCAUCCUGGUGGAGGACGUGAGGGUGAGUCCGGAGGAGGUGACCAUCUACAACCACCCAGGUGUGCAGGCAGAGCUGCACAUCAGAGAGGGCUCCGGCUACUUCUUCCUCAACUCCAGCGCCGCGGACGUCAUCCAGGUGGCCCACCAGGAGGCCAGGGGCGUCGCCGUGGUGGAGAUUGGGAAGACGGUCAAGGCCUAUGUCCGGGUGCUGGACCUCCACAAGAAGCCUUUCCUGGCCAGAUACUUCGCCUUCAUGGACCUGAAGCUCCGGGCCGCCUCCCAGAUCGUCACGUUGGUGGCCCUCGAUGAGGCCCUGGACAACUACACCGCCACCUUCCGGGUCCACGGGGUGACCAUUGGCCAGACUAGCCUCACGGCGACCGUGACCGAUAAGGCUGGACAGAGGAUCAACUCGGCCCCGCAGCAGAUCGAGGUCUUUCCCCCAUUUAGAUUGAUACCCAGGAAGGUGGCGCUGAUUAUCGGGGCCACGAUGCAGAUUACCUCCGAGGGCGGCCCCCAGCCCCAGUCCAACAUCCUCUUCUCCGUCAGCAACGAGAGCGUGGCGGUGGUGAACGGCGCAGGGCUGGUGCGGGGGCUCGCCGUCGGCAACGGCACCGUGGCCGGGGUGGUGCAGGCCGUGGAUGCCGAGACCGGCAAGCUCGUCGUCGUGUCCCAGGACCUCGUGGAGGUGGAGGUGCUGCUUCUCCAGGCAGUGAGGAUCCGUGCCCCCAUCACACGGAUGAGGACAGGCACCCAGAUGCCUGUCUACAUCACCGGAAUCACCAACAACCAGAACCCUUUCUCCUUUGGCAAUGCUGUGCCGGGCCUGACCUUCCACUGGUCGGUCACCAAGCGGGACAUCCUGGACAUUCGAGGACGGCACCAUGAGGCAUCGAUCCGGCUGCCGUCACAGUACAACUUUGCCAUGAAUGUGCACGGUCGGGUGAAAGGCCGGACGGGGCUGAGGGUGGUGGUCAAGGCUCUGGACCCCACAGCUGGGCAGCUGCUCGGCCUCGCCAAGGAGCUCUCUGAUGAGAUCCAAAUCCAGGUAUUUGAAAAGCUGCUGCUGCUGAACCCUGAAAUAGAAGCCGAACAGAUAUUAAUGUCGCCCAACUCGUUCCUCAAGCUGCAGACAAACAGGGACGGCAUGGCUUCUCUGAGCUACCGUGUCCUGGACGGGCCCGAGAAGGUCCCCCUCGUGCACGUCGACGAGAAAGGCUUUCUGGUGUCAGGGUCUGCGAUUGGCACAGCCACAGUCCGAGUGACUGCCCAGGAGCCUUUCGGAGCCAACCAGACCAUCACCAUUGGUGUCAAGGUGUCUCCUGUUUCUUACCUGAGGCUCUCCAUGAGCCCCGCCCUGCACACCCAGAACAAGGAGGCCCUGGCGGCCCUGCCUCUAGGGAUGACCAUGACCUUCACUGUCCACUUCCACGACAACUCCGGGGACAUCUUCCAUGCUCACAACUCAGUCCUCAACUUCGCCACGAACAGGGACGAGUUCGUGCAGGUCGGGAAAGGCUCCACCAACAACACCUGGGUGGUCCGUGCCGUCAGCGUGGGCCUGACGCUGCUCCACGCCUGGGACACGCAGCACGCCGGCCUCUCGGACUUCGUCCCGCUGCCCGUCCUGCAGGCCAUCUCCCCGGAGCUGCCCGGAGCGGCGGUGGUGGGGGAUGUCCUCUGCCUGUCCACUGCUCUGGUCAGCCUGGAAGGCCUCUCUGGAACCUGGAGCUCCUCGGCCAGCAGCAUACUCCACGUGGACCCCAAGACCGGCGUGGCCGUGGCCCGGGAUGCGGGGCCCGUGACGGUGCACUACGAGGUCGCCGGGCACCUGCGGACCUACAAGGAGAUGGUGAUCGGCGUCCCUCAGAGGAUCGUGGCCCACCACCUCCGCCCCGCGCAGACCAGCUUCCAGGACGCGGCAGCCUCCACAGUGAUGGUCACGGUGGGGGACAGGAGCUCCAACCUCAGAGGCCAGUGUUCCCCGGCCCAGCUGGAGGUCAUCGAGACCCUGCACCCAGAAUCCCUCAUCGGCUGCCAGCUCCAGUUCAAGCAAGACCUCUUCGACUUCCCGGCCCGGGACGUUUUCAGCGUGGAGCUGGGGUUCGACACUGCCCUGGGCCGCUACCUCUGCUCCAUCACGAUGCACAGGCUGACGGACAGGCAGCUGAAGCGCCUCAGCGCCAGGGAGACGACGCUGGUGGUCACCGCCUCCAUCCCGGGCAGCCACUUCUCUGUGGAGCAGCUGGGCGCCGAGGUGCCCUUCAGCCCUGGGCUUUACGCCGACCAGGCUGAAAUCCUUCUGAGCAACCACUACGCCAGCUCCGAGGUCCGGGUCUUUGGGGCCGUGGAGAUUCUGGAGAACCUGGAGGUAAAGUCCGGGUCUCCAGCCGUGCUGGCCUUUGUGAAGGAGAAGUCUCUGGGGCUGCCCAGCUCUGUGACCUACACGGUCAGCCUCUCGGACCCCACGGCUGGCAGCCAGGGGCCUCUGUCCACCACCCUGACCUUCUCGAGCCCCGUGACUAACCAAGCUGUCACUGUCCCGGUCACCGUGGCCUUCGUGAUGGAUCGCCGUGGACCUGGUCCUUAUGGGACCAGCCUCUUCCAGCACGUCCUGGAUUCCUACCAAGUCAUGUUCUUCACGCUCUUUGCCCUGCUGGCUGGGACGGCCGUCAUGAUCAUCGCCUACCACGCCGUCUUCACACCCCGGGAGCUCUCGGCGCCUCCAGCACUCUCCCCCGGAGCCAGCCCUCGGCACAGCCCCCACUACUUCGCUGCCUCGUCGCCAGCUCCUUUCAGCGCCCUGCCUCCUGUCCGCAGAGCCAGCCCCCGCUCCGGGCUGUGGAGCCCCGCGUACAGCUCCCACUAGCCAGCCCCGGGAGGCUGCACCC